AUGGAGAGUCGUACCCCACCGUACCAUGGAGAGUCGUACCCCACCGUACCAUGGAGAGUCGUACCCCACCGUACCAUGGAGAGUCGUACCCCACCGUACCAUGGAGAGUCGUACCCAGCCGUAUCAUGGAGAGUCAUACUCCACCGUACCAUGGAGAGUCAUACCCCACCGUACCAUGGAGAGUCAUACCCCACCGUACCAUGGAGAGUCGUACCCCACCGUACCAUGGAGAGUCGUACCCCACCGUACCAUGGAGAGUCAUACCCCACCGUAUCAUGGAGAGUCAUACCCCACCGUACCAUGGAGAGUCGUACCCCACCGUACCAUGGAGAGUCGUACCCCACCGUAUCAUGGAGAGUCAUACUCCACCGUACCAUGGAGAGUCAUACUCCACCGUACCAUGGAGAGUCGUACCCCACCGUACCAUGGAGAGUCGUACCCCACCGUACCAUGGAGAGUCGUACCCCACCGUACCAUGGAGAGUCAUACUCCACCGUACCAUGGAGAGCCGUACACAGCCGUACCAUGGAGAGUCGUACCCCACCGUACCAUGGAGAGUCAUACUCCACCGUACCAUGGAGAGCCGUACACAGCCGUACCAUGGAGAGUCGUACCCCACCGUACCAUGGAGAGUCAUACUCCACCGUACCAUGGAGAGUCAUACUCCACCGUACCAUGGAGAGUCGUACCCAGCCGUACCAUGGAGAGUCAUACUCCACCGUACCAUGGAGAGUCAUACCCCACCGUACCAUGGAGAGUCGUACCCCACCGUACCAUGGAGAGUCGUACCCCACCGUACCAUGGAGAGUCAUACUCCACCGUACCAUGGAGAGCCGUACACAGCCGUACCAUGGAGAGGUAUCAUGGAGAGUCGUACCCCACCGUACCAUGGAGAGUCCCAGCCGUACCAUGGAGAGUCAUACUCCACCGUACCAUGGAGAGUCGUACUCCACCGUACCAUGGAGAGUCGUACCCCACCGUACCAUGGAGAGUCAUACUCCACCGUACCAUGGAGAGCCGUACACAGCCGUACCAUGGAGAGUCAUACCCACCGUACCAUGGAGAGUCAUACUCCACCGUACCAUGGAGAGUCAUACUCCACCGUACCAUGGAGAGCCGUACCCAGCCGUACCAUGGAGAGUCAUACUCCACCGUACCAUGGAGAGUCAUACUCCACCGUACCAUGGAGAGUCAUACUCCACCGUACCAUGGAGAGCCGUACACAGCCGUACCAUGGAGAGUCGUACCCAGCCGUACCAUGGAGAGUCAUACUCCACCGUACCAUGGAGAGUCAUACUCCACCGUACCAUGGAGAGUCAUACUCCACCGUACCAUGGAGAGCCAUACUCCAGCCGUACCAUGGAGAGUCAUACUCCACCGUACCAUGGAGAGUCGUCCACCCCACCGUACCAUGGAGAGCCGUACCCAGCCGUACCAUGGAGAGUCAUACUCCACCGUACCAUGGAGAGCCGUACCCAGCCGUACCAUGGAGAGUCAUACUCCACCGUACCAUGGAGAGUCGUACCCCACCGUACCAUGGAGAGUCAUACUCCACCGUACCAUGGAGAGUCAUACUCCACCGUACCAUGGAGAGUCGUACCCCACCGUACCAUGGAGAGUCAUACUCCACCGUACCAUGGAGAGCCGUACCCAGCCGUACCAUGGAGAGUCGUACCCCACCGUACCAUGGACAGCCGUACCCAGCCGUACCAUGGAGAGUCAUACUCCACCGUACCAUGGAGAGUCGUACCCCACCGCACCAUGGACAGCCGUACCCAGCCGUACCAUGGAGAGUCAUACUCCACCGUACCAUGGAGAGCCGUACCCAGCCGUACCAUGGAGAGUCGUACCCCACCGUACCAUGGACAGCCGUACCCAGCCGUACCAUGGAGAGUCAUACUCCACCGUACCAUGGAGAGUCAUACUUCACCGUACCAUGGAGAGUCAUACUCUACCGCACCAUGGACAGCCGUACCCCACCGUACCAUGGAGAGCCGUACGUGGAGACACCCCACCGUACCAUGGAGAGUCGUACCCCACCGUACCAUGGAGAGUCGUACCCCACCGUACCAUGGAGAGUCAUACUCCACCGUACCAUGGGGAGUCGUACCCCACCGCACCAUGGACAGCCGUACCCAGCCGUACCAUGGAGAGUCAUACUCCACCGUACCAUGGAGAGUCGUACCCCACCGUACCAUGGACAGCCGUACCAUGGAGAGCCGUACACAGCCGUACCACGGAGAGUCGUACUCCACCGUACCAUGGAGAGUCGUACCCCACCGUACCAUGGAGAGUCAUACUCUACCGUACCAUGGAGAGUCAUACUUCACCGUAUUAUGGAGAGUCAUACCCCACCGUACCAUGGAGAGUCGUACCCCACCGUACCAUGGAGAGUCAUACUCCUCCGUACCAUGGAGAGUCGUACCCCACCGUACCAUGGAGAGUCGUACCCCACCGUACCAUGGAGAGUCACCGUACCAUGGAGAGUCGUACCCCACCGUACCAUGGAGAGUCAUACCCCCCUCCGUACCAUGGAGAGUCAUACUCAUCCGUACCAUGGAGAGUCAUAGUUCACCGUAUUAUGGAGAGUCAUACCCCACAGUACCAUGGAGGGUCGUUCUUCACCGUACCAUGGAGAGUCGUUCUUCACCGUACCAUGGAGAGUCGUUCUCCAACAUACCUUAUAGGUGUGCAGCACGUGGUCCUUGA